ACCCAUUUUUCAAUUACUCAUCUUCUUCUAAAAAAACACUUUCUCGAAACCCAAGAGUGAUUUCCUGAGUAUUAUUAUUAUUAUUCGUCGGUUUCUUUCCGGUUUCUCUUCUUCCGGCGGGAGCAAAUAAUACUGUAAUCAUGUCCCAAGCUUUGUUGGAUGAUGUUGAUAAAAUAAUGCUGGAUGCUUAUAUCUAUGAUUACCUCUUGAAGAGAAAACUAUAUACUUCUGCAAGGUCUUUUCUGGCUGAAGGAAAAAUUCUUAGGGAUCCAGUGGCUUUUGAUGCUCCGGGUGGUUUCCUUUUGGAAUGGUGGUCUGUGUUCUGGGAUUUAUUUAUUGCCCGCAUAAACCCACAGCACUCAGAAGCUGCUACAUCUUACAUCAAGUCUCAGUUGCUGAAGGAUGGAGAUUUGCAGUUACAACAACAACAUUAUUUACAGAAGACUCAGCAGAGUUCUACUCCAAUUGCUAAUAGGCUUGUUUUGAACAAUUCACUCAAUAUACAGAACCCUUCAGUUGCAAAUGAAAUGGCUGCAAAAAUGUAUGAGGAGAAUUUUACACUCCCUAUUCAAAGAGAUACACUAGCCAAUGUGCUCCCAAAGAAAAGAUUUCUCAAACAUGUAAGCCAGCGUCCAGGCUCAAUGUUUGGAGUAUCUGCCAUGAAUGCUCAACCUCUGAGCCAGAGCCAAAUAUCUGGGUACAAGUCAACUAGUAUCGAUACUCAAUACCAGAGUCAACAGCUUCCAGGGUCCAAAAAAUUGAAAGGGGAGAUGAAGUCAAGUAUGAACACCAGAGUUAGCACGGCUGAAGGAAUUGCUGGAUCAAAUCCGGGCACUAGUCGUUUGCCUUUGAAUGGAAGGCCUUCAUCGGGAUUGGAUCCUCUAAGCUUGGGGCAACAGCAACAACCCAACUCAUUCAUCCAAUUGCCUCAUACUUCCAGUCGAUUUCAGCUGGAGCAUGAAUUUAUAUUUCAAGCACCUCAAAACCUGGGAGUAGAUUCUGCCAAUGUGGCAUGCAUAAGACCAGGAGUGCCUUUAAGUCAAAAUAUCCAUAUGAAGGAUAGCCAUUUAUGUUCUAUGGAUUUGUCUGAUGUUGAUUCAAUGGCACCAGUUUGUCAUCCUGCUUUGCCACAUGUAAGUGCUGAUAUGCUGAACAAGCAUCCAAUUUUGAGUCAACAUUCUCAGAACUCAAAUCACAUAAUUCAGCAGCAGGAUAAAUUAACCAGUUCAGGGAUCACAAAUGUUGAUGGCUGUACAUCCAAUAAAUUUCAGGCUAAUAAUCAGGCUGAUAUGGGUUGUCUCAUGGAUGAUGAACCAUUAGAUGAUGUGGAGUCUUUCCUAUCUCUUAAUGAAUCAGACGAGAGAGAUAAUUUAGGUCUGCUUUCUGACUCUACCAAAGGCCCCACACUGAAGGAAAUUCAUGUAAUUCCUGCAAAUACAAGAAAGGUCGAAUGCUGCUGCUUUUCAUCUGAUGGAAAACUACUUGCCAGUGGUGGGAGUGACAAAAAGGCUACAGUGUGGUGCACAAAGUCCUUUAAAGUGAGGUCUACACUUGAUGAACAUUCACAAUGGAUAACUGAUGUUCGCUUUAGUCCAAGGACAUUAAAGAUCGCAACAUCUUCAGGUGAUGGGACUGUCAAGGUUUGGGAUGUUGAUAAUCAUGGCCAAUCACUUCGGACUUUCACUGGACAUUCAACUGGAGUCGCAUCAUUGGACUUUCAUCCUAGUAAAGAUGAUCUCAUUUGCUCUUCUGAUAUUAGUAGCGAGAUAAGGUACUGGAGCAUUAAAAAUGGUAGUUGUGUUGGCAUUUUUAAGGGUGGUGCGACAAAGUUGAGGUUUCAACCGAAUAAUGGAAGAACGCUUGCUGCAGCAGCGGGAAAAGUUGUUUCCAUAAUUGACGUAGAAACCCAAGUUUGCAGACUUAGAUUACAGGGUCACAAAAAAAAAAUUCAUUCUGUGUGCUGGGAUCCAUCCGGUGAAUAUCUAGCAUCUACCAGUGACGAUGUAGCUAAAGUAUGGAAAUUUGGUUCUGGUAGCAAAGGAGACUGCAUUCAUGAGUUGAACUGCAAUGGAAACACAUUUCAUACUUGUGUUUUUCAUCCCACCAAUACUUCUGUUUUGAUCAUUGGCUCUCAUGAGUCACUGGAGCUUUGGGACAUGACAGAAAACAAGACAAGGACAUUGCAAGCUCAUGAGAAGUUGGUAACAGCCUUGGCUGCAUCAAAUGCUACUGGUUUAAUUGCUUCAGCAAGUCACGACGACUGUGUCAAGAUCUGGCAGUAACGAAUCAACGAGCUCUCUUCUCCAGCUAAAAUACUAUCAUAACAUUGUCUGUUGAUAACCAUAGAUCUCAGUCAUUUUUGUUGUUUUUCAUUAGCUUUUUUGUAUUUAGAUUGUGACAAACUAAAAUCAAACUAAUGUUUCUGUAAGGACAUCGGCAGAAGAUGUCCUUUCUUUUAGUAUCCUGUAAAAAAGUAUAGGGAAAAAGCUAAUGGAAAACAAAGCACUAGAAAACUUGACCCGCAUGACUGAUGUUCCUCAACAAAAAUUAGAUGUCCAUUGUCAUACUUUAAUCUGCUAGUAAACCAAAAUUAGAAGUGAUUUAAAUUUUGAACAAGA